GGCUCAGCGCAGAAGGAGGAAGGACAGCACAGCUGACAGCCGUGCUCAAGAAGCUUCUGGAUCCUAGGCUCAUCUCCACAGAGGAGAACACGCCGGCAGCAGAGACCAUGGGGUCCCUCUCAGCCCCUCCAUCCACACAGCGCAUCACCUGGAAGGGGCUCCUACUCACAGCAUCACUUUUAAACUUCUGGAACCCGCCCACCACUGCCCAAGUCACUAUUGAAGCCCAGCCACCAAAACUUUCUGAGGGGAAGGAUGUUCUUCUACAUGUCCACAAUUUGCCCCAGAAUCUUACUGGCUACAUCUGGUACAAAGGGCAAAUGACGGACCAUUACCAUUACAUUACAUCAUAUGUAGUAGACAAUCAGAUAAUUAUAUCUGGGCCUGCAUACACUGGACGAGAAACAGUAUAUUCCAACGCAUCCCUGCUGAUCCAGAAUGUCACCCGGGAGGACACAGGAUCCUACACCUUACACAUCAUAAAGCGAGGUGAUGAGACUACAGGAGUAACUGGACAUUUCACUGUAACCUUACACCUGGAGACUCCCAAGCCCUCCAUCUCCAGCAGCAACUUAAACCCCAGGGAGGCCAUGGAGGUUGUGAAGUUAACCUGUGAUCCUGAGACUCCGGACGCAAGCUACCUGUGGUGGAUGAAUGGUCAGAACCUCCCUGUGACUCCCAGGUUGCAGCUGUCCAAAACCAACAGGACCCUCUUUCUGUAUGGUGUCACAAAGUAUAUUUCAGGACCCUAUGAAUGUGAAAUACGGAACCCAGUGAGUGCCAGCCGCAGUGACCCAGUCACCCUGAAUCUCCUCCCAAAGCUGCCCAAGCCCUACAUCACCACCAAAAACUUAAACCCCUGGGAGAACAAGGAUGUCAUAGCCUUCACCUGUGAACCUAAGAGUGAGAACUACACCUACAGGUGGUGGCUAAAUGGUCAGAGCCUCCCGGUCAGUCCCAGGGUAAAGCAACCCAUUGAAAACAGAACCCUCAUUCUACCCAGUGUAACGAGGAAUGAAAAAGGACCCUAUCGAUGUGAAAUACGGGACCGAUAUGGUGGCAUCCGCAGUGACCCAGUCACCCUGAAUGUCCUCUAUGGUCCAGACCUCCCCAGCAUUUACCCUUCAUUCGCCAAUUACCGUUCAGGAGACAACCUCUCCUUGUCCUGCUUCGCAGACUCUAACCCACCGGCACAGUAUUCUUGGACAAUUAAUGGGAUGUUUCAGCUAUCAGGACAAAAGCUCUCUAUCCCCCACAUUACUACAAAGCAUCGCGGGCUCUAUGCUUGCUCUGUUCGUAACUCAGCCACUGGCAAGGAAAGCUCCAGAACCAUAACAGUCAAAGUCUCUGACUGGACAUUACCCUGAAUUCUACUAGUUCCUCCAAUUCCAUUUUUCUCCCACGGAAUCACUAAGAGCAAGACCCACGCUGUUCCAGAAGCCCUAUAAGCUGGAGGUGGACAACUCAAUGUAAAUUUCAUGGGAAAAUACUUGUACCUGAAUUCUGAGCCACUCAGAACUCACCAAAACAAUCGACACCAUAAAAACAGAUGCUCAAACUAUAAACCAGGACAACAAGCUGAUGACUUCCCACUGUGGACAGUUUUUCCCAAGAUGUCAGAACAAGACUCCCCAUCACGAUGAGGCUCUCACCCCUCUUAACUGUCCUUGCUCAUGCCUGCCUCUUUCACUUGGCAGGAUAAUGCAGUCAUUAGAAUUUCACAUGUAGUAGCUUCUGAGGGUAACAACAGAGUGUCAGAUAUGUCAUCUCAACCUCAAACUUUUACAUAACAUCUCAGGGGAAAUGUGGCUCUCUCCACCUUGCAUACAGGGCUCUCAAUGGAAAUGAACAGAGAGAUAUUGCCUGUGUGUUUGCAGAGAAGAUGGUUUCUAUAAAGAGGUAGGAAAGCUGAAAUUAUAGUAGAGUCCCCUUUAAAUGCACAUUGUGUGGAUGGCUCUCGCUGUUUCCUAAGAGAUACAUUGUAAAACGUGACAGUAAUACUGAUUCUAGCAGAAUAAAACAUGUACCACAUUUGCUAAUA